ACGCCUCGGCAGACCCCUCCCUUCAUCAGUCUGUAAAUCUUUACAGCGCAGUGCUAAGGCCUCCAGUUACAGCGAAGCUCAAGAACUGGCUGCAGGUUUUUAAUCAAUGCUGGUGGAGGUGCGCUGCUGACGGAGCCAAAGUCUCCAUGGUUACCUUGGUCUGACACACAAGGAAGGGACAACAGUGGCGUGUCGUCCUCUUGUCACCCAAGCUGUGACGGACUAAUGAAACAUUGAUCACUCACAGCUGUGAUGAGGUUUUCUCUAAGGACCCUCGAGCUCUGCCAGCUUCUCCUCCAACUCAACAGCAAGCUCUUGAGUUCCACUUGGUUUAAAUGGGUUUCCGGAACUCGUCACCUUUUGGCAUUCAGUGACUGUCCUUCAGCGAUGAGCCGUGAUGUCAGCCUGCAUUGGGCUUCAGGUCCUCAAGUAGCGUGUGUCAUCGCCUACACACAGGAGCUAAAGGGAGUGAAUCGGCAUCGAGGACGACAGUGCCAGUCUCAUGCAGCAGAAGCUGGAAAAACAGAGGGCCCUGCUGGAGCAGAAGCAGAGGAGAAAGCGUCAGGAGCCUCUGAUGGUCCAGCCCAACACGGAGGCUCGUCCCCGGCGCUCCAGGACGCGGCGCGGUGAGGAACAGGCCCCUCUGGUAGAAUCUCAACUCAGCACCACCAACGAUGUCAUCAUGGAUGGUAUUGAUGGCCCAGCAGCUUUCUUGGGCUCAGAAGCUCCGGAUCUGGGAAUGAAAAUCCAAAUCCUGUCAGUGAGCCAGUCCCAGUCCCAGUCUCAGCUCCAGUCCCAGCCCCAGUCUCAGCCCCACUCGCCUGCUGCUGAGGAGCCUGAGAGGGACGGAGACACUGAGACGCUGCUGGAGCCCAAGAAAGACAUCCACGAGUUACUACAGAAACAAGGUCUGUCUGGCAGCAUGAACUUCGACGAGGCCAGCGAGCACGAGGACGACGCGGAGGAAGAUCGGACAAGCUCUCUGUCCCCGAACACUGACACCAGACCCGCCUCUGCCGCCAGUGGCAAGGACGCUGGAGAUGCUGUCACUCCUGGAUCACCCACAGCAGACAGCGCGCUAAUCGACGUGGCCAAUCUCGAGGAGUUCGUCUUUCGUCCGGCUCCACGUGGCGUCACUGUGAAAUGUCGAAUCACACGAGACAAGAAGGGCAUGGACCGCGGCCUGUACCCCACCUACUUCAUGCACAUGGAGAGAGAGGAUGGAAAGAGAGUGUUCUUGCUGGCAGGAAGGAAGAGAAAGAAGAGUAAAACAUCUAACUACCUGAUUUCAGUGGAUGCCACUGAUCUGUCACGAGAGGGAGAGAGCUUCAUAGGCAAACUGAGGUCCAACCUCAUGGGAACCAAAUUCACAGUGUACGACAACGGCACCAACCCCUGCAAAAACCCCGGGGCGCUGCUGGAGGAGAGCAACACACGACAGGAGCUGGCUGCCAUCUGCUACGAAACCAACGUGCUGGGAUUCAAAGGACCACGUAAGAUGACCGUCAUCAUCCCGGGCAUGAGCGUUAACUUUGAACGAGUCCCUGUGAGGCCUCAGAACGAGCAGGAGAGCCUCCUGAGCAGGUGGCAGAACCACUCACUGGACAACCUGAUCGAGUUGCACAAUAAAGCGCCCGUGUGGAACGAUGACACCCAGUCGUAUGUGCUGAACUUCCACGGCCGCGUUACCCAAGCAUCAGUCAAAAACUUCCAAAUAGUUCACGACAACGACCCUGACUACAUCGUCAUGCAGUUCGGUAGAGUGGCCGAGGACAUCUUCACUCUGGACUUCAACUACCCCAUGUGCGCUCUCCAAGCCUUCGCCAUCGGCCUGUCGAGCUUCGACAUUGGAUUAUGUCAUGAAAAGGAAAACAGUAGAGGAGCGCACUCAGAUCUCUGCCAGGUGUCUCUGAAGCAGUUGGCGAUCAAGGAGACACUUAAAAAAGAGCCGUCAAAAAGUGUCAUAGAGACGGUACUGGCAUCUCUUGGAAGUGAUGGGCGGCGGCCGGCGGAGGUUGUGUUUCCCAACAAUCACCUUCCCCACCAGGACUUUGGCGAGGAACAUUUGGCGGACAUCGUCUCGGUCGGCCGUGGCGCAGUAGCCGUUGGAGAAGGAGGCGGUGGUGGCGAAGUAGGAGCCAAAGCCGUAGGACGUUCCGUUGACCCCGGCCAUGCGAGGGUCGAAGUUGUUGUGGCAGAUGUCCUCUGAGGCCUCUUUGCUCGUCCCGUGGAAGAGAUGUCUCUCCAGGGGCUCCUUGGACUUAGUGUGCUGCUUCUGCAUGUACACCUUGUAUCUGUGAUGACGACAGAGUAAAGAGUUUUGAUGAAACUUG